AUGUGGUCGGUCUACCGAGGCCACCACCACCUGGACGAGCUGAAAUGGCAUGCCAAGUAUGGCAAAAUCAUGCGUGUAGCGCCGAACCUAGUAGCGAUAUCCGACGUGGAUGAAAUCAACCAGAUAUACGGCAUCGGCACCAAGUUCAUCAAAUCUCCAUUCUAUGAUCUUUCAGCUGUCUAUGAUGAGGAAGGCCUGGUCCCGGAUCCGUUCGUAAUUCGACAUGACAAAGGACUCCACUCACGUAUGAAGCGCAACGCUGCCAAUGCAUACAGCAUGAAUGGAUUGGUACAGUUCGAACCAUGGAUCAACACCGUCAUGGACCGAUUGGUCGCCAUUUUGGACAGGAAUGCCUCAUCUGGAACAGUCUGCGACUUGGGAAACCUGUUCAAGAUGUUCGCGAUGGACGCAGUGUGCACUUUGACCAUGGGGCGAGACCUCUCCUACAUGGAAAAAGGUGACCAUCUUGGCUUCUUUCCAACUCUCGAUCUUUUUACCAGUUACAUGUCUAUUUACAUGACAGGUAGUGAUAAAUCUGGCACGGCCUUAUUUGAUCUGGCGACCAAGGAGCUUGAGAGAACUCGGCGUGAGCCUCCCGCAGAGGAUGCUCCCAUGACGUUUUUAGCCCGAUUAGGCCUCAAUCAGGACGCGAAUCCCAAGUCGAUUACAGAUCGUGAGAUCAUCACUCACGCCUUUGGGAAUCUCUCAGCCGGUUCCGACACCACGGCCGCCGCUAUGAGGUCCGUCUUCUACAACAUUCUUCGCAGCUCCAGAGCGUACGCGCGGUUGACGAAAGAUGUCCGGGAGAACCUGCAGCUACCAGUCACUUUUACUAAGGCAUACGCAAUCCCAUACCUACGAGCAGUCAUUCAAGAAGCCAUGCGCUUACAUCCUUCUGUUGGCCAACUGCUUGGUCGAGUGGUUCCUCCUACAGGAGCCACAAUAGGCAAGUUCUACCUGGCACCGGGGACAGAGGUCGGCAUGUCUCCAUGGGUGGUUCAUCGCGACCCGGAUAUUUUCCCAAACCCUGAUGCAUUCAUCCCAGAGAGAUGGCUUGUUGGUGAAAACGGUACAACCGAGGCUCAGCUUCGCCGAAUGGAACGAUCAUUCCUUGCAUUCGGUCACGGAUCGCACACAUGCAGUGGCAAGCACAUCAGCAUCAUGGAGGUCACCAAAUUAGUUGGGACACUGCUUUUGAAAUAUGACAUGGAGUACGUGAAGAUCGGAGAGGGUUACAAAUUCGUAAACCAUUGGUUUACAUCUCAGACUGGGUUGAAUGUAGCUUUCCGCCACGUUAAGGGAAGCAACAUAUAG